AUGUCCUCUUUACUGCUACCGCUCUCAUUAGGCGUUUUUACUAUUGUGAUCACUUUUCAACAGCAGAGUGCAGCUCAGCGACAACGAAUUGAAGAUCGAGACGCAGCUGAAUUACAACGCGCCGAAGAUCGAAAUGCAUCUCGACUUCAACGUGAACAAGACAAACAAGAAGCGGAACUACUGCGUAAACAAGAAAAGGAUCUAGAUAAACAAAGAUAUGAAAACGGCCGUUUCGACGCUUAUAUUCAGCAAAUGGGUAAAUUGUUAAAAGAGAGCAAUGGAUCAAUAAUGUCAAGUCAAGUCACAGCUACGCUUGCUCGAAUUGAGACCCUGAAUAUCUUUCGUCAACUAGACCCACAACGCAAUGUUCAAAUUAUCAGAUUUCUUUACGAAGCGAAACAGCUCACUGAUACACCAGAAAAUCCUUCGCUCGAUCUUUCAACAGCAAAACUUCUUAAGAUCGAUUUUCGUGAUGCAGCAGUAAAUGAAAAACAAUUAGAUCAACUUUCAUUGAGAGGCAUCUUUCUAUUAAAAGCCACAUUUAUUGGCAUUAAAAUGUCAAAUAUUAAUUUUUCUCGUACUAAGUUCGAUACGACUAAUUUUUCAUUAGCAGAAAUCCAUGAUGCCGAUUUUUCAUUUGCUGAAUUCUAUAAUACUAGCUUUACUUCCACUUCUUUUUCUAGUACCAUUUUCGCUGAAGCAACAUUUAAAAACGUGAAUUUUUCAUGUAAAAAUAUUCGUGAUGUCGACUUUAAACAUAGCACCCUCGCCCAUGCCGAUUUUUCAUUCUCUGUGGUCUAUAAUGCUGAUUUUUCAUCCGCUUCACUUGAGAAUGUCAAUUUUUCACACACGCUGCUCUUUAAUCCCAAGUUUCCAUCUGCGACCCUCAAGGGUGUUGAUUUUUCAUUGGCUGAGCUGUACAAUCCCGACUUUUCAAACGCUCAGCUCACGAAUCUCAACUUUGCAUCCACUAACCUAAUUGUAGCCAAUGUCACUGGUGCCAAAGUAUUUAAUACGAAUUUUCACCAAUCAAGUGGUGUUGCAUCUAUAUUCAAUUAUACUUCUCUAUCUGAUUGUGACUUUUGGCAUUCAAAUCUUAAGCAUGCUGUAUUUUACAAAGCUAAUUUAAAUCAAGUUAAUUUUUCUCGUGCUAACCUGUACAAGACUAAUUUCACUUAUGCCAAUAUGGCAAAGAGUGAAUUGAAUAAUACUCUCUCUAUUCAAGAUGCUAUACUACCAAAUGAAACAUCUGCUCAUGAUGAGAACUUGGUCAAAGAUGGUCAAGCUGACUGUAAUAUUUCUCAUAUUAGUGGUUGGACACUGAGCAAUGGUAAUAUCACUACAGUUAUAUCUAACAAGAGUAGUUCGAACUGCCAGUUCACGUUACAAUCACUCUCUAUUGGAGCUACUAUGUACCAACGUGUGAGUUUAUCAGAUAAGUGGGAUUCCAAUUUUUGGACACAUUCUGAAGCCGUACUAAGUGCAAAAAUGAGCACCGGUGUAUUGAUAGACUUAAAAGGAUUACAAAAGAAUAAUUCAGUAUCUUCCAAAGAAACUUUAAGCUCGAAUGAAGAGCAAAUCAAUUUGCUUUUACACAAUGAUAUAUGGGAACUUGAAGUGUUUAUCAAAUUCAAUGCUACUGCAAGUCAUAGCAAUAUGAAUAAUUACUGGUGUGAUGACAUCAAGCUUUACAUAAUCUAUGGAACAUAUUUGGAAUUAAGGCAAGUUAAUAUUCCUGCUAAUGCCACGUGGAAUCAGAACGGAGUGACUAUUGCUGGAGGCCAUGGGCAAGGGACUGCCACUGAUCAACUCUUCUUGUCUCGUGGUCUCUUUGUUGAUGGUGAUCAAACAGUGGUUAUUGCUGACUACUGGAAUCAUCGUAUCAUGCAAUGGAAGAACGGUGAUACAACGAAUGGGCAAGUUGUUGCUGGUGGCAAUGGCGAAGGAAAGGGAUUACAUCAAUUGCAAUAUCCAACAGAUGUAUUAAUUGGCAAAGAGGCGGAUAGUCUCAUUAUUUGUGAUCGUAUGAAUGAACGAGUUGUGCAAUGGUCUCGUCUUAGUGGUACAACACAAGGUGAAAUACUCAUCGACAACAUCGAUUGUUUUGGAUUAGCAAUGGAUGAACACAGAUAUCUCUACGUUUCUGACUACGUAAAACAUGAAGUAAGACGAUACCAAUUGGGUGAGAAGAAUGGCACUCUCGUAGCUGGUGGUAAUGGUAAAGGUAAUGAUACCAAUCAACUCAACGAGCCGGCAUAUCUCUUUGUCGAUCGAAAACAGACUGUCUACGUAUCAGACCACUACAAUCAUCGUGUAAUGAAAUGGAAUAAAGGUGCAAAAGAGGGUAUUGUGGCCGCUGGAGGACAAGGCGAAGGGAGUGCUCUGACCCAAUUGAAGAAUCCUAAUGGAAUCUUCGUUGAUACGUUGGGUACACUCUAUGUAGCAGACACGUAUAAUCAUCGUGUCAUGCGUUGGACUCAAGGAGACAAGAAACAAGGCACUGUAAUUGUGGGUGGAAAUGGCAAAGGAGAAGGAGCAAAUCAGUUCAGCGGCCUCUAUGGUUUCUCUUUCGAUCGACAAGAUAAUCUCUAUGUCGUCGAUAUGAAUAAUGAUCGUGUUCAACGAUUUUCUAUCGAAUAA